GGAAGGUAAACUAAAGGAAGUGGGCGAGGAGAACAUGGGUAUGGCGAUGGUCUUCACACUAUGCUCCACCCUCCAAGAAGAAGCCGCAAACCUCCUCACCCAAAAACACGAAGCGCAACUCGCAGCCGAAGCCGCCAGACGCCAAGCAAUCGAAGACGCCGAAAUGGAGAAAUUCCGGGGAACGGUCGUCACACCCGAACGCUUCCUCGCCUGGAAAGCGAAAUUCGACGUCGAAAUGGCGGCACUCCGCGCUGCUGAGAAGAAGGCCGCUGAGGAGAAAGCGUUGGGAAGGGGAGCCAGGAAUAAUGCGAAUCCGAAGAAAUUGACGGGGAAGGAGUUGUUUGAGACGAAUAAGGAUUUGAUUGCGAGUGAUGCGCAGUAUUUGGAGGAGGGUGAUGUGGAGGUUGAUUUGAGUCAGUUUGAGAGGGUCAAGAUUAGGGAUGAGGAGGAGGAGGAGGAGAGGUUGGCGUUUAGUGAUGAUGAGGAUGAAGGAGGCAAGAAGGGCAAGAAGAAGUAGACGAGGAGCUUGUAGUGAACUUUGCAUUGUUGUGAGGUGCGGUCGGACGUAGCAUAGGUGAAAAGGCAUGGCA